AUGGCUACCGACCCGCAGCAAUACUGUUGUUCAGGGGGCCUUAAGGGGGGCCCCAGGGGGCCCCCAGCUGCAUGCAGUGGCAGCUGCGAGGAUAUCUUCGCCGCUAGCCUCAACUCCCACGGUAUUCUAUGGAGAGGAGUCUUCAGCCGCCCCUCAGGUACAGCAGAAGGCUUCUGUGUGCUGCGCUUGGCCCUCGCUGCAACACUCAAUAAGGGGUGUCUGCACAAAUUAUCCAGCAGCAGGAGCAGCAGCUGCAGCAACUGCAGCAGCACACGAAUAGCAGCAGCUGCAGCAGCAGGAGUAGCAGCAGCUGUAGCGGCAGCGGCACGACCACCUUCAGCAGGGACAGCUGCAACAGGAGCAGCUGCAGCAGGAGCAGGAAGAGCGGCAUCCCCAUGUGGAGCAGCAGCAGUAACAGCAAUAGCAGCAGCAGUAACAGCAAUAGCAGCAGCAAUAGCAGCAGCAGUAGCAACAGCGGGAACAGCAGCGAACGUAAACCUUCGCGCAGUUUUCCCUGCGGAGGAACCUUUGGGGGCCCCUGGGGGGCCCCUUAAUGAGGCUUCUGGGGGCCCCUCUGGGGGGGCUCCUAUGGGGGCCCCUGGGGGGCCCCCGGGUAGCAGCGAGCAAAUGCUGAUGAAUAGCGAGAAGGCUGCUUUGGCUAUUUGUUCGGUGCGGCGGAUGCUGAGGGCGACGCAUGCAAAUCCGCAGUUCAGGAGGUUUCAUUGUGUUUGCUGGCUACCGGCGUUCUCUGUCUCUCUGCUGACGCACCCCACAGAUGGGGGGCCCUCUGGGGUGUAUAGACGGUGUGUGGGGGGCCUACGAGGAGACAGAUGUUUAUGUUUGGGCCUGACAACAAGGGAGGGCGGGGCCUUCUUAUGGUUUCAGAGGGAGAAGGAGGGCCCCAUGCCUCAGCGUCUCUGUCUGGCUGCUGACUUGGGCGCAGAAUGGCGCCUCCAGCGCAGCAAAGACAGUCCCCUAUUGUCUCCUCCUUCUGUCUUCCUUUGGCAGUUUGCUUGUCAGCAGCCAAACGGAGACAGCAGCCCUUCUGAGCUCCCCCUGGUUGAGGUGUCUAGACACCGCGUGCAACUCAGCCGGUGCAGGUGGAUCGGGCCAUUCGAAGAGCCUCUCAUUGCUGCUCCUGCGUCUCCUAUUUGUUUUCCUUGUCCCUUUUCCUCUCCCCAGAGAGAGGGGCUGACGGGGGAGAAGACAGUUGGCGGCGGGCCUUGCAGCACUCCUGAAGGUGCUUUGACCAGCAGCAACAGCAGCAGCAACAGCACCAGCAGCAGCAGCAACAGGCAGAUAAUGGAGGGGCUCUUCAGCGGCUCCCUUGUUGCUGUGGCUUCCCAGAGCUUCAUCGCUCUCUUUCUUGUCAGCGGCUCGCAACUGCGGCACGCCAACUGCAGCAAGGAGUGCAGCAGCAGCAGCAGCAGCAGUAGUAGUAGUAGCACCAAGGACAACAGCAGCAACAGCAACAAGGGUAGUAGUUGGCGUCGUCUCAGCACUGCCGCGGACCCUGCUUCCGCUGUUUCUUCUCCCUCAGGGGCCCGUCGGUCUGCUGCUGCCGCUGCUGCUGCUGCGGCUGCUGCUGCUGCUGCAGCUGCCCCUCUCGGGGAGGAGACGGAGUCCCUGGGUCCGGGGGGGCGUCCCCGCCGCGCUGCAACACGGCGCGUCAGAGCUGCCGUCAGUGCCGCUCUAGCUGGGGAGGCAUCUAGCGACGAAGCUGCAUCUUUGAGAGGCUCCAGCAGGGCCAAAGGAGACAAUAAAGGGCGCACUGCCUCGGGUAGGGGGCUGGGGGGCCCCACAACACGCGGAGCAUCUCGGCGCCUUGAAGCGGAGACGGAGACAGACGGAGAGACGGAGCUGCAGAUGCGCCAGAGCAACACUAAGAGGGGACAGAUGCAGGGAAGGAGAACACCACGUGCAGCAGCAGCAGCAGCUGCUGCUGCUGCUACUCCUGCUGGUGCUCGUAGGGUAAGAGGCCGCAGAGCUGCGGGGGCCUCUGCAGCUAAAGAUAAGGCGGCAGAAGAGACAGAUUUUGCCUCAGACUCAGCCUCCGCCAGCGUCGUCGCUUCAGAGCCCCCAAGUGACAGCUCAAGCUCCGUAAGCCUUGCGAGCAGCAGCAGCAGCAGCGGCGGCGGGGGCAGCGAGGAAGGCAGUGAUGCAGACAGCUUGGCAUCUGAAGAUAACGCUGCGGGGAGACGAAGAAGUAAAAAGAAAAAUAGGUCAAGGCCACAGCAAACGAAAAGCAAGCGAACAGCAGCUGCUGCUGGUUCUGCGGAUUGGGAUGAGACAGCAGCAGGAGCGCGUGCUGCAGCUAUAGAGCAGCAGCAGCAGCAGCAGGAGAAAUGGCGCCUCGCUGCUGAUGCUGCAGUUGAAGCAGCAGAGGAAGAACGCGCGUUGGCGGCCUCCGGACUGCUGCACCCCUUGUUGCUGACGGUCUUAGUUAUCCCCCAGGCCCGCAGCAGCAGCAGCAGCAGCAGCAGCGGUGAUGGCUGGGCAGUGCCUCCAAUGUCGCUUCAAGACACCAUAACUGACAUGGCUGUGAGUGAUCCGCGAUUGUACAGCAGGACGGAGGCUGCGUCACCAAGGGUCCCUUCAGAGGGGCCCCAAGAGGGGGAGCCCUCAGGAUGUUCUAUAGACAAACAGAGUAAGCAGCAGUCUGUCUGCUGCUCGUUUCAGUUGAUAGCUACAGCAGGAAGCGGCGCGGUUUGGCUCUUCAGCUGCUGCUUCUCGAUCAGCGUGCAGCAACACGAGGCCAGUGAAAUCUGCUGCUGGAGACAAUCCCUACCCACCCCAGAACUGCGGCCGAACCCUACACACUUCGUUGUGGGGGAGAUAAGUGUUGCUGAUCCGCUGCUCGUCUUUGCACCGGGCGCGGGCCCCAGCGGCUGUCUGCAGCUGGCGGAUGUCAGUGAUGCGUUGCUGCCGCUCAAAGAAUCACCUGUGGCAGCAGCAGCAACGCACGCUGAUGCUGCACCAACAGCACAGACAGCAGCAGCAGCGGCAGCACCAGCAACAAGUGCACCCCUGGCAGCCAAUGCCCAGCACGAAGAUCAGCAGUGGCAGCAACAGCAGCAGAAGCUGCAGCACGACGUGGAGCUGCUCAGCUGCUGGCGAGUUGCUGCGUUCGUCUGUGGGUCGCGCUUGCGUGUCGCAGUGAUGCGCACUUGCUGCUGUGCUGCUGCUGCUUCUGAUGCUGCUGAUGUUGCUGCUGCUCGUGCUCGAGUUAGCUGCAGGCAAUGCCACUCCGGUUCUCGCUGCUGCAGUAGUCGAGGUGAUGUAGGACAUACCGAGGCCCCCUCGCCUACCAUCUACAGAGCCGAGGCCCCCCUGUUUGCUGCAAGUUCAUCGCGCAUUAUUCACGGGCCCGUUGUCAGUCUCUGUCUGCUCCCAACUACGCCUCUUCAGCUGGCGGCAGCGGCGGCGCAGCAAGUGGCUGCUCUGCAGAAAGGAGACAGGCCCUUCUUGAUGCUGUUGGCAGCAGUGAGUAGGGGGGCUCUGCUGCCGUUUGUGCUUUACCCAGAUUGCGUCGAGCGGACCGGAAAUAGCAGCAACACAAACGGCUGCUGCAGCAGGGAGCAGCUGCAAUGGGUGUUGGAGCCUCUGGUCCCUGUGACGUCCAUACACCCCACAGGGCGCAUAGAGCAGCUGCUCAUGCCACGAGCCGCUCACUCGUUUAGAGCCCUUGCCCCGGAGGCCUCAGAUGGAGACCUUGCGAAGGCAGCAACAAGAGCAGCGGAAGUAGCAGCAGCGGCUGCAGCAGCAAGCGGACUCACUGCUGCUGCAGCCAUCUCUAGGGCUAACGAGUGCCGACCUCCCUCGGAGGAGCAGCAUUGGGUUGAAGGGACAGCAGCGGCAGGCCUGCAGCAGCAGCAUCUGAUGUCCGAGGAGGAGCAGCAGCAGGAGCAGCAGCAGAAGCAGCCUCAGCAGCGUAAGCAGCAGCAGCAGCCAUAUAUGUUGAAGGAGAACUGGAGAGAAGACGGAGACCCGUGGGGCAGUUUGUGUCCCCCGAGUGUAAAGGCCCGCAGAUUGAACAGUCUCCUCAGCCGUCGUCUGCUCGCUCUGCUGCCGUCGCCCUGUGGCUCGCUGCUGUUUACAUUGGUGCAACAGAACGAAGUGCACCUCCAGCUAGCAGUGGCUCCUUUGGCAGUCUCUCCUGCUGCAGUAUGCUUGCUGUCACUGGAGGCACAGCUCUUAGGGCUGCUGCAGGCGACCCAGGUAGCAGAUCCUCCACAAGGAGCACUAACAGCAGCAACAGAAGCAGCAGCAGCGGCAGCAGCGCGUUGCUGCGCUCAAGCCCAUGGCCUGUGGGCCCUCCGGUUGGCGCUGCGGGGCCCGUUUCAGCGUCUCCUGCCAGCGCAAACUGUCCCCAAAGGCAGCAGCAAACACCGAAAACGCAUGCAGAGAGGUGGGGCUCUAGGAGACAGCGACAGCCGAGAUACACAGGGAACAAGAAGGCUCCGUGAAGACGAUGAAUUUUCUCUCGCUUCCGAUUGGGACUCCGACAGCGCCGACACACCUGCUGCAGCAGCAGCAGCAGCAGCAGUAGCUGCUGCUGCUGCUGAGCCGCCUUCCACCCAAACACCGAUCGCGGGGGGGACAGCCGAGGAAAUAGUUUCUACAGACUCCUCCAGUGAGGUGGUUACCUCGGUGGUGCUGCUGGCUGAAAUGCUGAGAGUGCUAAAGGAGAUACCUGCUUCUCUUAACCUGCUGCACGGCCCUCUUCCGCAGGCUGCAGCGACAGCCCCAGCACCUGCUACAGCAGCAACCACGACAUCAGCAACAGCAACAGUAGCAGCAACAGAAUUACCAACGGAAGCGGCAGCAGAGACGGAGACAGAGGCGGAGACAGUGCGAAGUAUCCUGCGAGCUAUUUGGGGAUUGGCGCUGCAGGGAGGUGCGGGAGGAGACAACGCAAUUGAGGUGGACUGGGGCAGCCUAUGGUCGGCGCUCUUAGAGACAGCAGAGGCCAUGAGUCUCCUGCGUUUUGUGGGGCCCAGCCAACCAGCAACAGAAGCUGCAGCAGCACAAAGCAACGGCUCAGGCUGCACAGCAAAGGGAUCGCAUGCUACGGAGACUCGCUGCAGCAGCACGUGCUGCGGAGGACUACCACCGUCUCUCUAUCAAAGGCGUCGAGUUGUUGUUGCUGCUGCCUCGAGACUGUGGUGUAUCUUUGCAGCUAUUAAGGCGGAGCGUCAGAGAAGGGAGGCGUCGCUGCUGCUGCUGCAGCACAUGCAUGCACUCAUUGCAUGCGUUCUCAAGCGCAGCGAUGCACCAAACUGCGGGGCGUUCCUCAAGACAAUGACGUCCACCAGUCAGCAGCAACGGCUGCCGCUGCUCCUUGUACAGGAACCUCUGCCUAUGAGCCAUCUGAGUACUAGAAACAGCAGCAGCAGCAGUAACCACAGCAACAGCAGCAGCAGCAGUGAGGCUUUGAGUGGGUCCCAAAGGAAAGAGGGCGGCGGCUGCAGCCCUAACUCCUCCCCGUUUUUUCAGCUGGUGACUGUAAGAGAAGACUGCAUGCUGAAGCUCCUUAUGCCGUCCUCUGUACUGGGGUUGUCUAGGGGCUCUGCUGCUGCUGCAGCAGUCAAGGCAGGGACAGCGGUGCUGGAGGCCUGCCCCCUCUGUGAGAGUGAAGGCUGCAGCAGCUCGCAGCCAUUUCGCUGUUACGUCUGCUCUGCCUACGGCCACCGCUUCCCUGCAUGUUUUCAGUGCCUCAGAUGUCUGUACACCGAAAGUGAAGGCGCAGCAGGGGCGCCUCUGCCCCGCGGUGAACGCCCGGGACUUGAGCCUGCACGGGAGGAGCCUCAAACUGCUGCCGCUGCUGCUGCUGCUGAUGCUGCUGAUGCUGCUGAUGCCAAGCAGCAUAACAUUACUUUUUUCUACUGUCUUCUCUGCGGCGCCUUUGUCUGCGGAGGGGAGUGGCCUGAGCCGCAUGCACCAGCCGGCUGUGGCCGGGGCACGCAGGACGCGGCGGUCGCCCGCGGCGGCCGCUGUUGCCCUGCCUGUCGUGGGGUUCUUCGCCUCGUCAGCAUAGUGCGAUGCUGCUCCACGGUCAGCUAG